UCUGGACUGGAGCUACUCGCACCCUACCGGAUACGUAGGUCUACUUUAUCAUGGGUUGGACCAGAGCACAGGUCGCGCAGGCAUUCACUGCCAAUGGCCUCACUCGAGACUUCCGCCAUCUGCUGCCCAUUCCUCGCGCGUUGGCCAUUCGCCGAACCUGGCACGAGAAUCCCCUCAAUGUAGUCAAGCCGAAGGAACGCAUCAAGUACUGGAACAUCGUCCCCGGCGACCAGGUUCGCAUACGCGGUGACCCCCACGGCACGCUGUACGAAGUGAACAUGAUCAACAGGCUCACGAACAGGGUGCUGUUGAGGACGGAGUCGGACAAGGGUGAAAACCCCGAGGACCAGAAGAAGGGCAAGAAUGUGGCUUAUUCUAGAUGCCAGCUUUUCGUCGGCCAGCACGAGUUCCCGCCUGAGCUCGGCUCCACGGAACGAAAGUCGCUGCCCGUGUUUGCAAGGCGGAUCACCACUUCGGGUCACUACUAUUCACGGCUGCUCCAUGGACACACCUGGAAGCGCUGGGCCGUCAGUACAAUCCCGCAAUUGCCACACCUGAAUAUUGGAGAGAAUGAACGUGUGAAAAUUCCGUGGCCGAAGCGGGAUCCGCGUCUUCACCCGAGAGCUGGACCUCAGGACACGCCAGACCAUACGGCGAAGGAAGUUACGUACUCGGAGCCAAGGCUCCCGAUAUUUAGCGACCCCACUAAUCGUCAGCCUGUGCUUGCAUCUGAAGACGACUACAUCAGACUGAUCAGCAAGCCCGGCGACUCUUCGGACUUCAACGACCAACCGGUAGAACUCUUCUUGGGGAAGGAGCUCGCAAACCCGCAUUCGCGCGCGAAGAAGCAGGCACGCUGGCAGGCACGCAAGGAGUACACGCGGGCGCUGCUGGACCAGUUCAUCGCGGCGGAGAUCAAAAUCCUGCAGGGCAGGACGCGGCGUGAGGCACGGGCAGAGGCGACGUGGAAGUGGCGACACCAUCUGGAGGAGGAGCGCAAGGCGGAGACGAAGCGGCGAUGGAGGGACCGGGGCGGCGAGGCGCGCCUCGUGCGCAAGCAGGCGAGGAAGGAACGCAAGGACCAAAAACAGCGAGAACGGUUGCGGAACCUCGUUUUGGAGGAGGGGCCGAACCAGAUCAUCCCGGGUGCACCGAGUCCUGCCGCAUGAUGAGGGUACGCCCCCGGUCGGUGCUUCGGAAAGAGUGGCGUGUAAAAGUAUGCUGGUCUCCAAGUUUCUCCUCUCAGUGUACGUCACGAUCCACUUUAAUGACUCAUGUGAACAUUUAAUGUUAUUGAUACAGCUCUGAUGAGCGAUCUGGUGAGAGA